CUUGAGAACACUUUCGUCGAGAUGGGGAGCAAGUCGAGCAAGCUCUCGACGAAGCGCGGACCCGAGGCCUCUGGCAAGAAGAAUGAAGCGUCUCCACCAGCCAUCACACCAAAGAAGGGUGCAUCGACACCCAGGACUCUCAAGCAAGCGGAGCAAGAACCAACGCAAGCAGACGAGGAACCUCCGUCUCGACUGAGCGAGUCGACAGAGAGCGUCACAGAUGAUGAGCGGUUCUCGUCGACGCAGUGGAAGUUGUUCAAUGACUUGGAGAACCGUGAAGAAGCAGAGAUGUUUGAAUUGUCGUCGUUCCUUCGCGCUCUACAUGAUCACAUGCCAAGCACGGACGUGGACUAUGGCGACCUUGGUCCACCCCCUCCGACCGACUCGUUGCGGAUGCAGCACCAAGUUUCUUGGCAUGCCGCUGCGACUAUCGACAUCACCGACAUGUACGAAGGCAUUCUUUUGAACGACCCAUUGACCAAAGAAGACGCGCACAACCUUGUCGAAAGCUUCAAGCGAGGGCAGAAACUCCAUCGCAACUUUGCCAUGCACAUUCUCACGGCGGCCCUUCAGCUGUUCCAGCACAAACCCAACAUCACAGAAGUCUCGAUCACGCCGUCUCCCCACAUUACGAUCGUCGGGGACUUGCACGGCCAACUCGACGACCUGCUCCUCAUUUUCCGCGAGAAUGGGAUGCCAGGGCCGGAAAAUCCGUACAUUUUCAACGGCGACAUCGUCGACCGCGGCACACGCAGCAUCGAGUGCGCACUCAUCAUCUUUACGUUCGCUGUCGUGUUCCCGGACUUUGUCCACAUCAACCGCGGCAACCACGAGGAUAAGUCCAUCACUGAAGUAUUUGGGUUCAUGAAGGAAUGCCUCCUCAAGUACGACUCGGAGGUGUACGCGAUGUUUUGCGUCGUGUUUAAGUGGCUUCCGAUUGGCACGAUCCUCGACAAGCGCAUCUUGAUUCUGCAUGGAGGCAUCCCUCGGGACGCAACGACCAAGCUGCACGACCUCUCGGACAUCCCGCGACACUUGUAUGACCUGUCCAUGUACCGGACCAAGGGCGACACGAAGGAAAGCCGCAAGCUGCACAAGACGAUGCGCAUUGUCAAGGACAUUCUGUGGAGUGACCCGCACACGGUCAACGGAUGGAAAGAAAACCCCCGCGGCGCAGGAAUCAACUACGGCCAGGAUCACGUGUACAAGUACAUGGUGAAGAAUCGCCUUGAACUGAUCAUCCGAUCCCACGAGUGCGUGCCAAAGGGGUUCGACUGGCCGUUUGGAGCCAAAGGCAUGCUCGUGACGCUGUUUUCAGCGUCCAACUACUGCGGCGUCGCCAACAACAUGGGAUGCUUCAUGCGGAUUCCUCGGACCGGCAAACCAUCGUUCUUCCAGUACAUGGCGACAACGUCGGAGAGUGAUUUGGUGGCCACCAACUUGGAAGGUCUGUUUGACAUUAUCGUGACACACCGCGAGGACCUCCUUCGCCAAUUUCAAGCGGUCGAUUCGUCCAGCACGCAAUGCGUGUCGACGGCACAAUGGGAUGCCGUCAUGCAGCAAACGCUCCAGAUGCACCUCAACUGGGCCAGCAUUCGACCACUUCUUACGUCGACGGAAGCCAACCAGACGAUCAACUACGUCAACUUCCUCAACCGGUACCAAGCUCGUGGCACGUGUGGUGCCGACGAUGCGGCGGCAACGCCGGAAGGACCUGUGGCACCCGACGUGGCCGACCGCCGUGACAUGUUCAACAACAUGUAUCGAUAUCGCAAGCGCCUCCAAGCGCUGUUUCAAGUGUUCGAUCAAGAUGGGAACGGGACGAUCAACCUGGACGAGUUCAAGGCCGGCAUCGACAUCCUCAACAAGCACCUGCCGCCCGGGAUGAAGCCGUUCACACACGCCGAGGACCUCAUGAAAUCGCUCGACUUGGCUCACGACAACGAGAUCAACAUCAACGAGUUCAUGGAGUGCUUCCGCAUCCACGCCAACCUGACGGUCCAAGCCAAGUGGCGCCGCGCACGCACCAAACUCCGCGCGCUGCAAGCCCUCGGGAUGCUCAAGGUCAUCGAAGCGCCGGCGAUCGUGACCGCGUCCGACGUGCAAUUGGAUGUUGACGAGUCCGAAACGAAGCAUCGCGAUGAUGAUGACGACGACGACGAGGAUCUGACGCAUUCAUGUUAACAAGGUGGGAGCACGGCGCGAUCCCACGUCAAGAGUGCCUGGAGGGUGCUCACGAGCGCAGCCUGGGCGUCGCAUGGCCGCGCGUGGAUCUGCCAUCCUUGGACGGAGAUGUGGGCCACGGACGCAUCGGCGCCGACCACCGGUUGGAUUUCGAGUCUAUGCCAUCAUCAUGCCACUCAACAGACGAGCUAACAAAUGCAUGCACUCAUGGAACGCUUCCAGCCUGGAUACGUAGAUGGGCAUGCCACGUACUGAAGGCACUCGUUCAUCCAUGUCUCGCCGUCGCCGAGCGCUUGCUCUGUUACGGGUUGAUCG